UGUCAUUCCUCAAUAUACAGCUAUACAUUAGAAUGAAAUGUCAUUCCCUCAGGACAAUGGUGCAGAAACAACACCCCCAGUGCAAAAUUAAGACAGUGCAAGACAAUAACAAAGGUAAAGAGUGGGGGGGUGAACUGGUAUUGGUAUUGUGUAGCAGCAGUGUGUUGAGUAGCCUGACUCUAUUCAACUCCUUCAAAGAUCACGGAUAUUGCAGCUAUACAUGUUAAUAAUUUACUUACACCCACACUCUUUUAACGUGACAUGUUGGAACAUUACAAAAAUUCAGAGUCUCUUGAGGAGUAACAGACAUUUUGAUCAGGCUCAUUGUCAAGCUCUUAGGUUGCAGCUAUGUUGAAUGAAGCAUGGUCAUAUUUUCUCUAUUUAUAUGGUUUGUUGUAUCAGGCCAUUGUUCCUUGCUCAUUUCCUGAGCAGUUACCUGCAACCACUAUCGACCGUCAGCAGUAUCUGGGGAAAUGGUACUUUAAAGCAGCAGUCAGUCGCAGAGAGGCUGACAUCCAGAGGUUCAAAGCAUUGGACAACAUUUGGUUCACCAUGGAAGAGAAAGCCAAUGACACACUACUGCUGACUGGACAUAUGCGCAUAGGAGAUAACUGCAAAAAUCAGACCUGGACCUAUACUAUACCUCCUGAGAGGGAUGAUUUGGAACUGCAAGGAAAGCCAGAGCGGAGGAACCUGUUUUGGAGCGGCAAGUGGGCCAACUGCCUGGAGUGCAUAAUUUUCCAGGAAGUAGAGCCACCUUUAAGCAAGACAGACACAGAGGACUCCCUCAACAGAUUCAUGUUGUAUGCUCGCCAGAGUGAUAUCGACUCUGAGGUGAUGAGAGCAUUUCUGAAAAACUCGGCUUGCCAUAACAUGUUGGCAAGUGUCAGAGUACCUCAAGAGAAAGAGUUUUGCACCUAAAUAUUCACAUUGAGGAUGCUGUUGCUAGAGCCAUGGACGUUCUGGAUGAUAAUAAGAUUAUUUCAUGUUUUCCCUGUGUAACAGUGAAACAAAUAAAGUAGUGUUUCCUUCA